UUUAUUUAUUUUCAGAUUCACAAAGAUUCUGAAUCAUACAAGGACGAAUUUCUAGGAGAAUAUAAUUUUUACAUUAAAACAAUACAAUUAUUAAAAUUAGAACCAAUUUUAAAUCAUGCAGAUUUGCAAUCAUUUCUUGAGCUUAUCAAUUUUUUGGCUUCAACUAGUAGCUAUUAUCCAAGUAAGUGCUAUUUUUAUAUGAGAAAUUUAAAAUAUGGAAAAGGACUUUGUAUUCGGUUAGCAUUUUGUAAAGCUCUUGUUGCGUUAAGAAAUCGCAAGACUGUUGACCCGUUAAUUGUUGUCGAUCUUUUCUUUACGCUUGUUCCAUUAGAAGAUAAAAAUUUGAGGUUUAUUCUUCAUCUAAAAUCUGUACUUGUAUCACAAAAUCAUGAUAGAAAGACUUUAUUUAAACUUCAAACUUUCUUGUUCACAAAACUGAAGGAUUCACGAUCUAUCGUGGUGCGCACAGCUGAAUUGUUAAUUUGUUUUCAGAUUUUGAUUAAUGGAUUUCGUAAAGGUUUCUUAAGAGAUGCAAAAACAGCUAACGUUUUGGCAGAGUGCUGUUUUCAUAAAACAUCGCGUAUCCAGGUUGCAGCUAUGAGGUUUUGCCUUGGGUCAUUGGAUGAUGAAUCUGAUGAUGAUGAUGAUGAAAGUGAAAAUGAAGAUGGAAGUAAUCAAAAAACUCUGAAAGAGAUUGUUUCGGCAUACAAAGCUUCGAAAAAAACUCGUAAAAAAAAAGAAAAAUUCGAUAGAGCAAAGAAGCUGCUAAGCAAAGAAAAUAAAUCCAAAAAACAAAACGCAAGGAAAGAAUGCAAUUUAUUAGCUAUUCAGUAUAUUUACGAUCCUCAGAGUUUUGUAGAUAAGUUGUUCAGUGCAUUAGAAGGCAAGAAAAAUGAAAAAUUUGAAACUCGUCUUUUAUGCAUGGCAUUAUGUGCUCGAAUGAUUGGUAUUCAUAAGUUGCAAACAUUGUCGUUUUAUUCAUAUAUGCACCGGUAUCUGCAACCAAAGCAAAGAGAAAUAACAAGAAUUUUACUAUAUGUAGCACAAGCAUGUCAUGAACUGGUACCACCAGAUAUUGUCGAACAACUAGUGUAUGUCAUCGCACAGAAUUUCGUCUCUGAUCGCAAUACGUCUGAAGCAAUCACAGUUGGAUUGAAUGCGAUCCGUGAAAUAUUUGCGAGUUGCCCAUUUGCUGCAACUGAAGAUUUGCUUAGAGAUUUGACUGAUUACAAACGUUUCAAAAACAAGAAUGUUUCCAUGGCAGCCCGUGGUAUCAUAACUUUAUUUCGCAAUGUCAAUCCGAAACUUUUGCACAGGAAAGAUCGUGGCAGACCAACUCAGGCUUCAAAAGAUUUGAAAUUCGUAGAAGGGGCAGAAUGUUUACCCAUUGAAGUCGAUUCUUCUGAAAAUGCUUUGGUAUCCAAAGUUCUUAUAAGCAACUUUGUUGAGGUAAUCGAAAAAGCAAAACAAGUAUGUGAGACCCGGGUCUUAACUCAAGAAGAUUUUCGUAAAAUAAACGCUUAUCGUCUGAAAAAAGCUGUAGAAUAUAAAGGAAAGCGGAAAAAUGAUGAUGUUAAACUGGAAGAAGAAUUACACAACGAAGAAAACGGUCUAGCACGGCUUAAAGACAUUGAAAGGUUCCAUAAAAAACUAAGAAGGGAAACGAAAGAAGAGCGAAUGGGAGCAGUAAAAAAAGGACGAGAAGGACGAGACGUGUUUGGAAAGCCUAAAAAAACGGGUGCACAUGUCGGACGAACAAAUAGAGAACUGACGAAGAAAAAAAAUUUCCAAAUGGUACGUCAUAAACUGAGAGGGAAAAAUCGCCAGAGAAGUUUCAAAGAACGCCAAGAAAGCUUAAGAAAAUAUCUUCUGCGUCAAGCUGGUCGAAAAGUUUGA